UGUAGUAAGUUUAAAAAAAAAAAAAUUGUUAAAAUUGUUAUUCUAUUUUUCUGGGGCUGAAACAGAGGUCCUUCAAUGGCAGACUCGGUGACAGCUCCAGCGAGUUACGGGACUCAAGCCGAUGCUUUGCUUAGGAAGAAUUUGACGUUUCAGAAACGAAAUGCCAAGGCAAAUUGUCGCCUUAUCUCGGUCCCUAUUUUUCUCCUUAUUUUCUUAAGGACCAUUGAAAUUCUUACUGGUGCGAUGAUGUUAAAACAAACUAAAUGCGGCUGCAAAUGUAUUGACACUAAUGGUACUGGAAAAUGUGAAGAUAAAUGUGGUCUGGAAUACUCAGCUCCGGCACAAGCAGACCUUUGUGAAGUUAAAGAUCCAUACGAAUGGAAACCCAUUUUACAGAUACCAGAUCCUGAAUAUAGUGCUGUACGAACUGAUUAUAUUACAUAUGCAGACUUGCCUAAUGAGUCGUGCAAAAUGUCUAAAUCUUGUCCAGCUAUUGUACUUCUGACUGGAACUGAUCAGACUCUUGGACAAAGUAUCAGUGAAAACUUGCUCAGAAAUGAAUCACAUCUAGAUGAUACUGAUGAUGGCGAGUAUUCCAGCUUUAUCAUUGGUUCAACGGUUAAACCUGAGCGUACAAAUUUUCUUGAACCUGCUUUCUUUAAGACGGUGUAUAGAGUUCAAUCUCAGUGUCCUCCGAACUUCAAGUAUAGAGUGCCGGUUGAAAAUUUAAGUGAAAUUGAUGUAAAAUGUCGUGAAGGUUUACCCUUAUGGCGUAAUAAUCCUUCUGAGAUCAAUGAAGAGCUGUAUAAAGGUUACAAGAAGGGGAAUCCGGCGAAAAAGAUAAAUGAGAUAGUAGCAGCAUAUGAUUUAUUAAAUACAGAUGGAAGUAGGUUCAAUGUGAGUAUUUGGUAUAACGGUACCGAUAGGGAUUCUCAACCAAGUCCAACAUAUACACGAGUGCCUACUAUGGUGAACCUGGUAUCGAAUGCCUUCCUUCAAUAUUUGCUUGGACCAGAUACUAAUAUUGUGUUUGGAUCUGUCAAAGAAAUGCCCAAGCACGGAAGUAUGAAGAUCCCGGAGGUCGGUCCGAUGGGACCGGUAAUGUUUUCAUGGGUGAUUCUACAGCUUUUUCCAGUUGUUUUUGUAGCUCUGGUUUAUGAAAAGCAACAGAGGCUACGAAUCAUGAUGAAAAUGCACGGACUUAAGGACGGCCCCUAUUGGACUAUUACUUAUGCUUAUUUUCUUGUCAUAUCAUCUCUCUACAUGCUAGGCUUUGUGGGGUUUGGCUCGGUCUUAAAUUUAAAGUUCUUUCGUUAUAAUGCUUACAGCAUCCAGUUUGUGUUCUACUUCGCCUACAUAAACUUGCAAAUUGCAUUUGCUUUUCUGCUGGCUGGAUUUUUCUCAGAUGUCAAGACAGCCACAGUCAUGGGCUACAUGUUGGUGUUUGCAAGUGGUCUCUUAGGAGCAUUCUUUUUCUCAAGCUUUAUUACGGAUACAUCAAUAUCAGAAGGGUGGGUUAUAUUGUUGGAGCUAUAUCCUGGAUUUUCUCUUUAUCGUGGAUUAUUCGAGUUUGGGGAAUAUUCUAGCACUGGCAGUUUUACGGGUGAAAAAGGUGGCAUGACAUGGAAAAAUUUGAAUGAUCCUGGUAAUGGGAUGAAAGAGACUAUAAUUAUUAUGUUUCUGGAAUGGGCAGUGGUUCUCCUUGUUGCUUUUUACUUGGACCAGAUCAAUUCAUCUGGGAAAAGUCCCCUAUUUUUCUUGCGCAACUCCCGGAAGAAGCAGACAGUAUCCACUAUGAACUUACUGGAAAAGAAGGAAUCUGCUCUUUGUCUUGAAAUGGACAAAGAAGAUGUUGCCCAAGAGAGGGAAAGGGUUGAACAGAUGCUAGCAGGGUCGACAGCAGGUUAUCCCAUCGUGGUUGACAACCUGAAAAAGGUUUAUCCAGGGCAAGAUGGAAACCCCGAUAAAUAUGCAGUGAGAGGACUAUCACUUGCUGUGCCUGAAGGGGAAUGCUUGGGUAUGCUUGGCCCCAACGGUGCUGGCAAAACAUCAUUUAUUAGUAUGAUGAUUGGGCUCACAAAGCCAAGCUCCGGUGCUGCAUUUGUUGACGGUCUGAAUAUAAAUACAGAGAUGGACAAAGUAUACACCAUCAUGGGUGUAUGUCCUCAGCAUGACUUGCUUUGGGAUACAUUAACAGGAAGGGAGCACCUACUUUUCUAUGGAAGGCUUAAAAAUCUUAAAGGAGCGGUUUUACAUCAAGCAGUUGAAGACUCUCUUAAGAGUCUCAACUUGUUUAACGGGGGCGUUGCUGACAAGCAAGCUGGAAGAUACAGUGGUGGAAUGAAGAGAAGGUUAAGUGUUGCUAUUUCACUUAUUGGAAAUCCCAAGGUUGUCUACCUGGAUGAGCCGAGUACUGGACUUGAUCCAGCUUCAAGAAAUACCUUGUGGACUGUUGUGAAGAAUGCACGGAAAGGCAGAGCAAUAAUUCUCACUACUCAUUCAAUGGAAGAAGCGGAUUAUUUAUGUGAUCGCUUAGGAAUUUUCGUUGAUGGAAGUUUGCAGUGCAUAGGAAAUUCUACAGAGUUGAAGGCAAGAUAUGGAGGGUCUUAUGUGUUUGCGGUAACUACGUCAUCUGACAAUGAGGUGGAAAUGGAGAACAUGGUGCGACGCCUAUGCCCAAACGCCAAUAGAGUAUACCAUUUAUCAGGGACACAGAAGUUCGAGUUGCCAAAGCAUGAAGUGAAAAUCGCAGAUGUAUUUCAACUAGUUGAGGAGGCAAAGAGUAGAUUUACAGUUCAUGCUUGGGGUAUGGCUGAUACAACUUUAGAGGAUGUCUUUAUCAAGGUUGCUCGAACCGCUCAGUCUUUCAAUGAAGUAUGAUCAUAUGGCAGCGACACAAAUUAGAAAAGCAAAAAAGGAAAGAAAGGGAUUCCAU